AUGGACAUAGUCAAUAGCUCAUCCAUCCACUGGACCUUUCUUCGGCGAUCUUAUCUUAUCGUUGGAAGCAUCUCAAAUUUUUUCCGCGUGCUGCCUUUCUUCCUCGAAUUCACCGCGCCAGAUUACCUCUUUGCCACGUUACGCUCGUUCGCCAUGGCGCACCCACCCUCGUCGUCGCAGCAUCCGGCGCAGAUCCCUGCGCUCGAUAGCCCACAUGCAGGAGAUGGGAAAGACGGGAAGAAACUGAAGGAUAAGAAGGCGAAGACUACAGCGGCAAGCUCGCACCCUCUAGAGCUGCAGCCACCUCCCGAGUUCUUCGAUCAUCGCCUGAAAAUAUUCAAUGAACUCAAGGCCGAGUAUGAUGCCUUCGUUGCUGCGCAACCAAGGGAGGAAAUUACCGUCACUCUACCUGACGGCUCCGAGCGGAAAGGAAAGAGCUGGGAAACCAGUCCGAUGGAUGUCGCGAAGGAGGUGUCGAAGAAUACCUCUCCUGUUUCCUUACUCCGAGAUGACCAGGUCGAUGGUGAACUAUGGGAUUUAGAACGUCCGCUAGAGAAAUCAUGCAAACUCGAGUUGUUGGACUUUGAGCAUCCAGAAGGAAAGAAGGUGUUCUGGCAUUCGUCCGCCCAUGUUCUUGGAGAGGCUGCUGAGCGGCACUAUGGCUGUCACCUGUGCCUUGGACCUCCUACGGAAGAUGGAUUCUUCUAUGAGAUGGGUAUUGAAGACAGACCUGUCACGAACGCCGACUACCCAGCACUCGAGAAAGUUUCGGAGAGCGCGAUCAAGGACAAGCAGAAGUUUGAGAGAUUGGUGGUUUCAAAGGAGAAGCUUUUGGAGAUGUUCAAUUACAACAAAUACAAGCAGUAUCUCAUUCAGACCAAGGUCCCAGACGGCACCUCCACGACUGUCUAUCGUUGUGGCCCAAUGGUCGAUCUAUGUGUUGGGCCCCACAUACCUCAUACCGGGAAAAUCAAGGCUUUCAUGAUUACCAAGAAUUCUGCAUGUUAUUUCCUCGGAGACGCCAACAACGAUUCGCUGCAACGCAUCUACGGCAUCUCGUUCCCAGACAAGAAGCAGUUGACGGAAUACAAGGUAUUCCUGGCUGAGGCUGCGAAACGGGACCAUCGUAAGAUCGGCAAGGACCAAGAACUAUUUUUCUUCAACGACUUGAGUCCUGGAAGCUGCUUCUUCCUGCCUCAUGGGACACGGAUAUAUAACUCGUUGGUGGAACUCAUGCGGUCGGAAUACUUCAAGCGUGGAUACCAAGAGGUCAUCUCACCAAAUAUGUAUAACAGCAAGCUUUGGGAGACCUCGGGACAUUGGCAGAACUACAAGGAUGGCAUGUUCGUCCUUGACAUUGAGAAGGAGAAAUGGGGGCUGAAACCCAUGAACUGCCCGGGCCACUGCCUGAUCUUCGACUCACGAGACCGCAGCUACAAAGAGCUGCCCAUCCGAAUGGCUGAAUUCGGAAUCAUCCACCGCAAUGAAGCCAGUGGUGCGUUGACCGGUUUGACUCGGGUUCGGAGGUUCGUCCAGGACGAUACCCAUGUCUUCUGCAUGCCGUCGCAGCUCGAGGACGAGAUUAGUGCUCUGUUCGAUUUCAUGCGGCACGUCUAUGGUCUGUUUGGGUUCGAGUUCAGUCUAGAACUCUCCACGCGCCCAGACAACUAUUUGGGCGAGAUUGAGACGUGGAACCAGGCUGAGGAACAACUCAAGCAAGCUCUCGAAAAGCACUACCCCGGCAAGUGGGAACUUAACCCCGGAGAUGGCGCCUUCUACGGGCCGAAAAUUGACAUCACUAUCCGUGAUGCGCUUCGCCGGUCAUUCCAAUGCGCGACAAUCCAGCUCGACUUCCAGCUGCCUGAACGAUUCAAUCUGAAGUAUCGCUCUGCGGAUGAAUCUGUGAUGCCUCGGCCGGUGAUCAUUCACCGUGCGAUCCUCGGAAGCCUUGAGCGCUUCAUCGCUAUCAUCACGGAGCACUUCGCGGGUAAAUGGCCAUUCUGGUUGUCGCCUCGUCAAGUCCUCGUGAUUCCCGUUGCUGCUCCCUAUAAGGAGUACGCGGCGGAAAUUGCAGGCCGCCUCGAAGCGCUGGGCCUCUUCGCUGACGUAGACAACGGUGACAAUACGCUACCGAAAAAGAUCAGAAACGGAGAGAUUGCGCAGUAUAACUUCAUCUUAGUCGUCGGGCAGGAAGAGCUGGACGCCCGAUCCGUCAAUGUCCGUAAUCGCGAUGAUGUCGGGACGAAGGCAAAGGGAGAAAUGGUUCCUCUGGAUACGGUGGUCGACCAACUUGUCGCAUUGAGAAAAUCUCGUAGUUUAAACAACAAAUUGGCGUAA